UCACACUCCGAUCUCCUUGCAAAGAACAAUGAGGCGGUGAUUGCCGAGCGACUUUCGCAAGUCGAAGAAAAGCAAUCUGCCCAGGCGCAGACGUUGGAGGAAAAUCUGAAGGCACAAAUGCAAAACGACAUAGACGCUGCCUCCAGCAGUCUCCAGCAAAAAGUGAAAACGAAC